GUGUGUGUGUGUGUGUGUGUGUUAUUCGCCUUGAAAUGAGUGUUGUUUUGAUCUCAAUUUCAUUCUAUCAGUUCAAGCUUUAUUAACAGAAAAAUGUCCUGUAAUGAUGGGAUUACUUUCCAUAGGACACUUUAUGAAGUUCAAGGUUUUCUUUAUAAGAGGAAGAAACUCGUCCACACUAACAAGGACAUCAGUCCACAGUCUCUUAAGUGGUCUUUUGGUCUUGUUCUUGAACAACUGGACCAUUAAAGCAAAAGAAAAAAAAAACACCAACCAUGCAUCAGACAAAACCAGCCUGACAGUUCCUGGCUCGGGGCGCUCAAACUAAAUCUCCUCUUGGGCUGAAACUCCUUUUUAGGUUUGUCGGUACAGGAUUCCUUCGAUGAGAGGGAAGUCGGCCUGGCAGCAGCUGGAGGAGAGAGGCCUGUUUAAAGUGAGAGGCAGAAAAGUUUCCAUGUUACACGGCUGCAAAGUUUCUCUCCAGGAAUGUGCAAAGUGUGGCGACAUGAUCUUUGACCCAGAGAUAUGCGAUCUCUACAUGGGACAGCAGGUUUUCUCCCUCACUGAAACCGAAUCAGGUCUCCUGGGAUCUUGGUCUGGAAUCUUUCCCCUACAGGCACGUCCAUGCUCAACAACCUUUCGAAACCAGCGACUAAUGUUCUCCAGGUAACCGCGCAGCUACACACACCUGGCUGGUGACGCCCUGCACUGCACUGUGGGUAAACAUGGUAACACGACACAGCAGCUACUGGAACAGGGGCCGAGGACGUCGCUGCGGACUUCUGCUCUUCAAUCAUUCAUCCAGCAGAGGAGUUGCAGGGCAGCAGGAGAUCGCCGGAGAACGAGGACAAAACCCACACUGACAUCCUCAUAGAAAAGCCAAGGCUGGACAUCAGAGAAAAAUCCUUGCUGCCACAGCUGUAGUCAUCCAGGGAGGAGGAUGCACCGGGCAGAUCAAGGGACGGGAAGAGGAAAAGGCUCUCACAGUGGCAGGUGCCUCAGCAGCGUUCACAAGGGUGCUGUGUAACUGAUCACAGAUAUGAAAUUUUGAUAAAUGGAUAUGAAUCAUAAACUCUGAACCUCCUGACAAUCGCAGUAUCAUCCUCUGGACUACAAGGCAGCUUUUGACCUCAUUUUUAAGCUGCUGUUUUCUGGCCGUACUUCCUGGCUGUGAAGGAUGGGUGAUGGGCCUGUGACUGAUCCUGCCUGCCUGCCUUGUCCCACCUUUCAAUGGAGCCGAUGUGGAACUCCUCCCACCCCCCUCCACAGCUCAUGUCCAACAUGUCUGCCUCCUCUCUGCCUGAAGGCUGGGCUCUGUCCCAUUCGCUAGCCCUGCUGGCCAUGCUGCUCAUGGAUCUGCUGGCUGUGGUGGGUAAUGUGGCUGUAAUGGUGGUCAUCGCCAAGGCUCCGCAGCUCCACAAGUUUGCCUUUGUCUUCCACCUGUGCGUGGUGGACCUGCUGGCAGCCCUGGUGCUGAUGCCCCUCGGCAUGCUCUCAAAUCGGGCAUUCUUCGGGGAGGCCCUGUGCCGGAGCUACCUCUUUCUCAGCGUGUGCCUGGUCAGUGCUGCCAUCCUCUCUAUCUCCGUCAUCAACGUGGAGCGUUAUUACUACAUCAUGCACCCUAUGCGCUAUGAAGUGAAAAUGACUGUCGGCCUGGUAGCAUCAGUGAUGGUGGGGAUAUGGGUCAAAGCCCUGGCCAUGUCUGCCCUGCCCCUGCUGGCCUGGUUCCUGCAAGGUGGAAGAACGCCACUUCUGGAGAGUAGCGGGGUUGGAGGUGGAGGAAGUGGGGCUGUCCCGUCUCCACCUGCUCAGGGUCACAGGCGCUGCUCACUGCAUUGGACAGGGGGAGGGUCAAACCGCUUGGCCUUUAUGGUCCUAUUCACUCUGGUGUAUUUCCUGUGUCCACUACUGGUCAUAUUUGUUGUGUACUGCAAUGUCUUCAAAGUGGCUCGGGUGGCUGCCAUGCACCACGGGCCUCUGCCCACCUGGAUGGACACACCUCGUCGCCAGCGGUCAGAGUCACUCAGCAGCCGAUCCACUAUGGUUACCAGCUCUGGGACGGGGACGGGGACAGAUAGAGCGACUCCACAGCGCCACUUAGGGGGAGGAAAGGCUGCAGCAGUGUUAGCAGCAGUUGGCGGGCAAUUCCUCUGCUGCUGGCUGCCCUACUUCACUUUCCACUUGUAUUCAGCACUGGCUGCCAGCCCUCCAGCCACACUGGCCUCUCUGGAGGAAGUGGUCACCUGGAUUGGCUACUUCUGCUUCACCUCCAAUCCCUUCUUUUAUGGCUGUCUCAAUAGACAGAUCCGGGAGGAGCUAGGCAAGCAUCUACCGUGUUUGUUCCGUCGAGCAUGGGUUGAGGUGGAGGACAGACUGCCCAGCCGUGAAGGAUCAAUAGAGGAGAAUUUCCUUCAGUUUCUUCAGGGCACCGGCUGCAACUUGGAUCCUCAAAAUUCUCACAGCACCUCCAGUCCAAAGGGGGAGGCCUGCUGUCACGUGAUGCAGUCCCAACCUGAGCCAGCGCUGCCCAUACCCAUUGAUUUCCGUAUCCCUGGUCAAAUUGCAGAGGAGACUUCAGAAUUUAUUGAGAACGAACAGGUGAAAAACAACCACCUAUAUACAGACAAUUAAGUUUUUUAUGUCUUUAUUUACUGAAAACGUCCAAUUUUGGUCCUUCAGAAAUACAGUAUUUCAGGAAAACAUGUUUCUUUUUCUAGCUAAAAAACUGUCCAGCAGGUUGCUCAGUUAACUGAAAUGACUUUAAAUUGUAUCUUUGAAUCAUUACACAUUUCAUCCUAGUUUUUGCAAAACAGUUAUAGUUAUAUGGUGAAGUCAAAUGCAUUUGUUUUAGAUGCAUUUCAGUCUGUUGCUUGUGACCAAGGAAAUUACUGCUAGAUAAAAAAAAAAAGAGAGAGGAAAAAAGGCUGCAUUUGGCCUUCCACACAACCGCUCAGCUCUGUACAGUAAACGACUCAGUGGAUUAACACUGAGGUAACUUGGAAAAAUAAAUAAUGUAUUACAGGUGUUAUUUAUGAUGGUAACUGAGUAAUAUUCAGAGAUAACAUUGUUUUCAGAAUAUCCCUUUUGAUCUCAAAUGAGUGAACACUUGUGAAUAAAUACCCUGGUGAUGUUCUGCUGUAAGACAUUUUGCCUUUGGUAUUAAGAAACGAGGAAACUUCGUUUCGAUUGUAACUGUUGAAGGAAUCAAUCAUUUUAAGAUGCAAUUUGAUCAACUUCAAAAAAAAUGAUUUACAUUUUUUUUAUUAAGUACUGUAAGAAUAGUAAUGUCAGAGAAAAGAACAAUAAAAUACACAAAAUGAUGACAUGAGUAUUUAGGGAAUCCAUUGAAGGAAAAGCACUAAUGUCACUUUUGAUUGGUGGACUUUCAACGGUGAUCACAUUAGAUCAGGGGACAUACAUACUGUGGCCUAACUCUCAUGGAACUGCUACCAGUUGUUUACAGAUGAACCUUUGAAUUUUUGUUCUCCUUUCUUUGGCGAUUUUCCAAUUUUUGUUUGAUUUCCUAAAAAGCAAGCCAGAUCUGUUGUGAUUCAGUUUAGGAUGUAAGUGGACAUUAUAACUCUUAUGGGUCACCGCGUUAUGCCGCGUGAUGUGUUUAUCGGUAUAUUUGGAUAUAGACCGUCCAAAUCAAAUAUCUCUUGAUGCACUGCAUUACAUUCAAAUAUGAUCUUUGUUAAAUGUACUAAACUGUAUGUUACGUUUAGUAAAACUGUAAGUUUUGGUUCUAUAUGCCAUUCAACACGCCCAUUUUUCUUUUCUAUAAGUGACUGUAAGUACUGUAUUUGUCAUGAAUUUCUUUACAAGGAGGCUGAUGUAUUUCGACACAUAUGCAGAAACUGCCUUCUUUGUGUGUUUUUCAGCUGUGGGAAUUUUUAUCGAUGAAAGAGGAAAAUGUCGAUUUCUUUUGACAACCCUACUCAUUAGAGUUUUUACAGUACCCCAGAUGCAGGAAAAACAAACAAACAAACAGUUCCAUGUCAAGUGUGACUCCUGCACAUUUGAUUCUUUGUAAGGAGACUAAAGAGGAAGAGAUUGCUUGUUAAUGAUUUAUUAGAUUUGGCAAAGUUUUGCAGGUUGAGUUUGAUGGUGAGAUGAAGUUGUAUUUUAUAGCAAAUUGGGAUUAAUUUGAUAAACUGAAUGCAGAAACGUAUGACUGAAGUAACUGAUCCUUUCUUUAUGUGGACACAGGGUUUUUACGUUUUUAAGAAUUGUUUUUAGAAAGCUUUUGAGUGACAAAGCCAGUCCCAAACUUAAAGCUUGCUGAGCUUGAUGUCUUCUUUUCAUCUCUUCUAAAUAUCCCAAACUGUGAAUGACUUUGAAUGUUUGUGUUAGAAUUUUCACUUUUCACUGUUUUUUUUUCUCCUCUUAAAUGCUGUGAUUAAAAUAAAAGAACACCUUCCAUUGUACUGCAAUGACAUGAAUGUGUUUAGGAAAAAAAGAAACAGGGUGUCACCUUGAGAAGGAGAGAUGCUGUUGUAAUAAAGAGUUUCUAUGUUUGUAAAACA